AUGAGAUAAAGAUAAACAUAUUAGCCGAAUUAUCUAUAAAUUUCUCAAACAGAGAAACCAAAAAGAUAUGUGCAUUCAUAUGGGAAGGAACUUAAAACACCUGAUUCCAUAAAGCCUCUAAGUGCAUUAAUGAACUUGAGACUUUUCCUUUAUAAAACAAAAUAAAAAUUAGAAUAUAAACAGGCAAGCCAAUUUAUUAGGAAUGAUCCUUUAGUCAAAGAGCAGCCCUCUUUUUUAUAUAAUAAAUUUUAGAUAGAAUAGGAUAAUCAAAUAAAAUUUCAAGCAUAUUUAGAUGGUGAUUUGCAAGCUGAGGAAUAUUUGACUCUCCAAAACUACAAGAGAUUAUAUAAAAUAACAAAGAAUGAUAACGGAUCUUUUGAUAACUCAAAUGAUGACACACCAUAUUAUACUUAAAGAGAGAGCGCUUUAAAAAAACUAAGAGAGAGAAUUAUUCAUAGACACAAUAUGAACAAGAGAAAAAGGGGAUCUGAAAUAAGCAGCCAAGUUGAUACAUCGAAAUGUGAUACUCCUAGUAUAUUAUUAGCCAAAUAACUCAAGAAAGUUAUUAUUCGAAAGCAUAUGAAUAAAAUAAAUGAAGAAUUAACAGCAGAAAAUACGCUUAAGAAUUUGAAAAUGGUGUAAAAUGCAGACUUUGCUGUAUAGUAAUUACAACAGACUCUUGAACAAGAUAAAUCCAUCUAGAGUAGUGUUUAAAAGAAAGUAAAUUCAACAAAGCAUCUAAAAAUAAUAACUAGAAGAAAUAAAACUGAGAUUAGUGAGGAGAACAAAGAUAGUAGAAUACAAUUGAGUAAUGAAAUAAAUAAUUUGGCUAAUAAAACCAUAUAUGAAUCGUAAGUGAAAGAUAAAUAAAAACAAUUAAAAUCGAAAACUCUCAAAUUUUCUAAUGCCAAAAUGAAUCAAAUAUUUAUGCAAAAGUCAUAAUAUUCAUUCAGAGAUCAAAGGAAUUGUAUUACUGAUCGAUCACAAUAAUCAUAUUGUUAGAAAAAUAAUUCUAAAUAAAAAUUACAUUACUAGGGUGAUGAAAAAUUGGAGGAAAGAGAUGAUUCAGCUGAAUCGAGUCUCUGUUCUCUAUUUGAAAAGAAGAUCAAUCAUUUAUAUAAUUAAAGCAUAUUAUUGAAGAAGAAUAUUUCAACUAAAGAUAGUAUGAUCAAGCGUAUAAAACAUAUGCAAAGUUUUAAUUAAAUUGUAGGAGAGGCAGUGCAAACAAAUAAUUAAAAAUUAUAUUAAAUUUGA